AUGAAUGCGCAAGAAUCACUCGAUUUUGGUACAAACAUUGUUGGCGGUGUCAAGCCCGGAGUGGAGGGUGAGCAUCUGGGCUUACCAGUCCUUCCCAGUGUCAGGGCCGCCGUGGAGAAACUCAAGCCCGAUGCCAGUGCCAUCUACGUCCCCGGAAAUGGAACCGUCACGGCGAUGGAGGAAGCUAUCGAAAACGAAAUCCCCCUCAUUGUAGCGGUUGCCGAACACAUACCCGUGCACGACAUCUUGAGGAUACACCAAAUGCUUCGAACACAGUCAAAGACGAGAUUGGUGGGCGCAAACUGUCCCGGAAUCAUCAACGUCCACGGCCGCUGUCGCUUAGGAUUCCAGCCUCUUCCGUUCUUCAAGGAAGGCAACAUUGGCAUUAUCGCCAAAUCAGGCACGUUGAGCUAUGAAGCCGUCGCAUCUACGACACGAGCGGGAUUGGGACAGACAUACGCAAUCAGCAUGGGUGGCGAUGUGCUCGCGGGAACAACGUUCACUGAGGCCUUCCAGGUCUUGGUCGAAGAUGAGAAGACUGAGGGCAUCAUCAUGAUCGGGGAGAUCGGAGGAAGUGCUGAGUUGAGGGCCGCAGAAUGGAUCAAAGACUAUCAGCGGCGGACUGCCAAUCCCAAGCCCUUCAUGUCGGUUAUUGGAGGUGUCGAAGCUCCGCCUGGCCGGAUCAUGGGCCAUGCAGGAGCCUGGGCUGCUCCUGGAGAAGCCACCGCGGCGCAAAAAAUCAAAAUCCUGGAAGAUGUCGGAGUAAAAGUCGUUGACCAUCCAGAGAAACUGGGGGAGGGCAUGAAGAAGUUGCUUGCCGAGCGAUCCAGAUCAGGGUCAAACGGCAGGAUAGGGUCCUCGAGUGCAUCGCAGAAAAGAGGCUACCAUACAAUGCGAAGGCGGCCGAGAUUGGUUGACGCAAAGGGCACUUCCCAGCAACGGCGUAACUUGUAUAUCAAACCUUCCCAAGCCUUUGACAUGUUGAAGCAGAGGGGGAUACCAACCGUCGACAAUCCCACGGGGCUCCAGGAGAAGUUCCUUGCCAUCUCCAUUGAUCGGGAAGCACGGCAACCCUGCAUUAUCGCAUCACCCACCACAGAUCCUUCACAAGCGUUCCAGAAGUCCAAAAAGUUUCCCUUUGCGUACGGAACGAAUGAAGCGACUUCAGAAACAAUGCUUGAGACAGUGUCGGCACAUUUGGGCGUUUCCGGAAAGGGCCAGCAUUCCCUGGGAAGACUUAUUGCCGAGCUAGUCGACCUCUUCAUGUCCAAAGAAGCUUUUGUACUACAGACGAAAAUCGUGAUUGACAAUGAAGGAGGGCUCCAAGUACAAGGUGCCAAGUUUGGGUUUGACGACGCGGCUUUCAGGAGUUCAGGGCGACAGGCAGACGUCCAUGCCCUGCGGGACAUUCAAAGCGAGGUGCGUGAAGAAGUCGAGGCUGAGAAAGAGGGCAUGAUAUACGUGAAGUUAGCUGGAGAGGGCACCCUUGGAACGAUUGUCAAUGGCGCGGGGCUCGCUAUGAACACCGUCGAUGCAUUGGUGGCACGAGGUGGACAUCCAGCAAACUUUAUGGACACGGGCGGGAAAGCCACUUCCGACACCAUCAAGGCGGGUUUCAGGAUCGUGACCUCGGAUCCUCGAGUCAAGUGCAUAUUCGUGAACAUCUUUGGUGGCCUGACUCUGGGCGACAUGAUUGCCCGGGGUAUCCUGCUGGCAUUCAAGGACUUGGAUCUUCAGGUCCCUGUGGUCGUCCGCAUUCGAGGAACGAGGGAGGCUGAGGGGCAGAAGGUCAUCCGGGAGAGUGGUCUCAAGCUCGAUGCAUUUGAUUCUUUCGAAGAAGCAGCAGCUCGCGCAAUUGCAUUGGCAAACGGAACAGCGAAGAUGAAAUAA